CUGUGAAGCAAAGUCAUGGGCCAUCGUCUCGAUCAUCACCCAGCUUGCUUCUUCCCACUCUUGGGUUCAAGGCCUGGGCAACCAUGAAACUCCUCAUCCUCACCUGCCUUGUGGCUGCUGCCCUUGCCAUGCCUAGACUUCAUCAUAAAAGUGUGGCACACAUCCAAACUCAACUCCAGGACAACAGUGAGGAACAACAGGAAUUUGUUAAACAACCACAAUAUCUCACGUUUAAUGAGAAAUUCAUCAAUGGCCUGAACAGACAGAGAGAGAUUCUGACAGGAAAACAGAGUGAUGAAAUCAAGCUAACUAUGGAUGAAUCAACCAAGGUAAAGCCCUUCGCUUUAAAUUCCACCAUGUAUGGGGAGGGGACAACACAUAACAAGCAUUCCCUUGCAUCAUCUUACCUACAUCAGAGAAUAAUUCCAAUCAUUCUAUGA